AUGGAAGUUAUGUUACCAGAGCCUCCCUCUUCCUUCUCGUGUGGGUUAGGAAACACGAUUGUAGUAGGAUACGUAGACGGAAUUGUUCAGUGGAAGUUCCAAACGAAAGGUAGCGUUCGAGGACUCGCCAUCAGUCACGAUCAGUCCGAUGUUUUUGCAAUUACGAGUAACAGAGGGAUUUCAUGUUUCGAUAUAGAGACUGGAAAAAGAAAACGUUGCAUUAAACGAGGACACCAUAAGAGACCGACCUCUAUUUGCCUUCGUAAUCCUGAUUUGGCCAACAGGUCUCACCAUUUUAGUACAGGAGACGAAUCUGGCGAGAUUCGAUCUUGGGAUUUUCGUGCGGAUGACCCAAUAAUUUGUGCAUGGAAGGAACAGCAAGCGGAUGUGAAUGCGUUGAAGAAUGACAGCCGACAUAGUCUUUUAUCAGCCUCGGCCGACGGAACACUAGCUGUUUAUGAUAUACGUAAGCGAAGAUUACGUGUUAAGAGCGAAGUGAUGCCUUCGGAGCUUCUCAGUUUGUGUGUCACCGAAAAGUAUGUGUAUGUUGGUGCGCGAGGUGGUUACCUUGAAGUCUUCGUCCAUGGUGACUAUGGUAACAUCCUUCAACGCAUACAGACGGGAUUUGAUAUGGGUGUUGAUGAUGUAGUAGAACUUCGUAAAGGCCUUUUAAUAGCUUGCAGUGGUUCUUCAGACAAACUAAAAUUAAUAAACGUAAUACCAGCUAAGAAAUUGGGUGUUGUUGGGAAGCAUGGAGAUGACGAUGGAGUGGAUCAGCUGAUGGUGUCUACGGAUGGAUCAACAUUGAUUUCAAUGUCCACAUUUGCAAGUUCCAUCAAGUUCUGGCCGCUUUCUGAGUUACUGGAAGAGAUUCCGUUGUUGCGUGCGGCUGAAGUAAAGAAAAGAAAGCCACUCGUGAAUGAAAGGUAA